CGGCCAAGAUCCGGCGUUUGAGAGAUAGAGGGAGGGAGGGAGAGGAGGGAGAGGAGGCCGCUAUGGGAGCUGAUGAUCAGGUAAAGAGGGGUAGUACUCAAGGGGUGAAAACCGGCGACGACAUCCUUCACAGGGAUCCCGAUGUCGGGAUCGGUGCAAACACUGGCGGGAGUACGAAGAACGGCGGGAUCCCAUUCUUCACAGGCGGAAAACAGCCCGUUAAUGGCGGGAAAUCCCAGUCCGAUGGCGGGAAUUCUUCUGCUUCAAAUGGCGGGAAAGCGGAAAAAGAUGCCAAGGCCGAUCCCGAACCCGACGCGAAAGCGGUCUCCUUGGCCAAGCUUUUCUCCUUUGCCGACCCUCUUGACGUCUUCUUGAUGAUCCUCGGGUCGGUCGCGGCUAUGGGCGCCGGAUCCACCAUUCCUCUCCUAAUGAUUCUGUUUGGAGAUCUGGUGAAUUCUUUUGGAAAGUCGGAUGAAGCUCACGUGGUCCAUGCAAUUUCAGAGGUAGGUUCAGGGGAUCAGGAUAAGGAUGAGAAAAGUGGGUGAGGACUCGUGUGUUGUCGUCUCUUCUCCCUCUCUGCCUACGGUUUACGGGGCAGGUCUGUUUGACGAUAUAUAUAGGGGUAAUGAAUAUAAUGGGGGCAG